AAUCGGUUGAAUUUAUUUAAAUACCUUUUUAAAAAUAUGUUUAAAAUCAAUUCAAUAAAGCUUGAUUAAUAUUUGUUGUACAAUUACUAUGUUAUUUGUUGUCAAAGCAUGAUGAAUGAUCAGUUCAAAUUAGUUAUUGGUAUAUAGUAGCAAAAUUCACGUUACAAAAAUAUUGAUUAAUGAAAUUUUUAUUAUUUACCGUUGCGUUUUGAUUAUUGGUUUUAAGAACUUAGUUAAAAAACCAUGAAGUUCAAGAUAUCAUUUGCAAUUGUUAUUUUCAUUAACACGCUAUUACCAGGGGCAACGAGUGAUACGAUUGAACUAAUAAUUAACACAUUGUCAAAACCGUCAGCAUCAAUUACAUGGGAAAAUGAGAGAGCAGACAUCUUUUCAGUUUAUUUUUAUAAAAAAUCUAGUAUUCAAAAGACUAUUCAAAACAAUGAAGAAAGAAGAAACUUUACUAAAUCCAAAGCACUUAUAGUUCUCGAUUUCAGUGCUGAAUACACUUUUGUUACAACAUGUACACAGAAUGGAUCAGAAAGUGAGCGUGGUCACACAGUUGUACUGAAAACACCUGCAACUCCUAAACCUAUUGCAUUAUCAAAAAAUACUGCUCUUGUUUUGUUACUCUACUUUCCUGAUGCUAAGUUUAUUCAAUUGAUUGUACAAAGAUUACCCCAACCAUCUGAAAUACCAGAAACAACUAAAGUUAAUACAACUGAACUAUUACCUGAGUAUAAUACUGAUAUUAAAUCCAGAUAUAUUGCCAUAACAGUUGAUCAUUUGGUGAAGGAUGAAAUUUUUAUUGUUGGCAAUGAUUCAGUGUAUACGUACAAUAAUGUUGUUUAUCACAAUGUUCCUCUUGAGCCAAACACAAAAUAUAUGUUUUUCCAACGUACAUAUUUAAACAAUACUGUGCAUUUUUCUCACGAAUGGAUGGAAGUUCAGACAAAACCUGAAGAAGCAACUAAUACGCUUAGUGGAACGAAGAUAGGAUUAAUAUCAGCUGGAACUGUACUUGGUGCCUUAUUACUUGUAAUUGGAUUUUGUUGUAUUUUGUGUUAUCAACAUUCAAAUAAAUCAGUCAAAGAAAAUAAUGAGAUCAUUGAACGUAGACCAACAGUUACUUCAGAUCACAUUCCUAAUAUGAAGUUUAGUAGCUUGGUAAGCGCUAUUGAUCGAACUCCUAAUGUUUCCAUUGUGAAAACAAACAGCAAUGCUAAAAAGAUCAGUAGUUUUCAACCUCAUGUUGAAUAUGAUGUUCGUGCAAAAAUAAAUGAUUACUAUAAAAAUGCUACAUUCAUACCUGGUUUUCUGAUGGAACGGGAUUAUAUAGUAUUGGAAAGUCUUUUGGAGGAUGAAGUUGAUCUUUUGUGGAAGGUUGUUUGGGAAAACAAUGUUAACCAAAUUGUUAUGAUCGGAUGUUUUGAAGAAAAAAAAAAGUGCCUUUGCAAACAAUACUUUCCGUCAGAAGAUGUACCCAUGGUUUUCAAUAUGUACAAUGUGUCUGUUAUUAAAGUUCAAAAUUAUGCAAAUAUGAUUUCUAGGACGAUUUCUUUAGAAUGUGGAGGUGUGAAGCGAAUUGUUUAUCAUUAUCAAUUUUUAAGUUGGAAAUCUGAUCAAGGGAAACCAUCUCACCCAUCGCUAUUUAUUCAAUUUGUUUUAUCAAUAAUUAAGGAGGAAAUUCAGAACAUAGCACCGAUUAUUGUCCAUAGCACAUCAAGGAAAGAUUUUGCGAAUGUAUAUACAUGUGUUGAUGCUCAAAUGCGUAGUAUUGUUGAGCGAAACGAUGUCAAUGUUCACUCUAAUGUGUUAAAAAUCCGCAACCAAAUCAAAUCUUUAGAAGAAUUUAUUUUUGUUCAUGACUGUGUAUUAGAGUUCAUUCGUGUAAAAAGCUUUGAAGACAUCUCUAUUGAAAAUCUAUCCAAAUACCUUGAUAGCAUUAAAAAAGAAAAUUCAAAAGAGAUUAACUCCGAGUUUAAUUUCAUCUUGAAGAACCUCUCAAAUAAUCAAAAAUCUUUAGUAGCUGAUAUUAAAGACCCAGAUAGUUGUUUCAAACCAUUUGACUAUAAUAGAGUCAAAAUAAAUAACUCUGAUAACACUGACUACAUAAAUGCAAGCUAUAUAGAUACUUUUCUGAAAAAAAAAGCUUAUGUUGUCAUAGAAACACCUAAACCUCAAAAGAUUGAAUCAUUUUGGCAAAUGAUUAUUAAAAAAAAAUUGUGGGUUGUGAUACUAUUUAGUGAAAAAGAAGAUGAGGAACUUGAAUGUUUUUUGACAGAUACAUUGUGUAAUAACUUCUCUUUAAAGUUGAUAUCUGAAAAAUCUAAUAUUGAAAAGUGUUUCAAAGCUUGGUGCUUACUUUUAACUUUAAAGUCAGACACGGAAGCAUCAGAGGAGGCAGGUGAAGGAAAGUUAAUUACAUUCUAUCAAUAUCUUAAAUGGCCAAAAUCCGAGAAUCUUUCAUUGGAAAACAUUUCACAUUUUCUCAACUUUGUUCAAGAAUCUGAAGAAGAAAAAGUAAAACUUGAUGCAAAAAGAAUUUUAUUAGUUUCAAGUUUCGAAGGAGGUCAACUUGGCACUUAUAUUGCACUGAAAUCUAUUGCAGAGGAAAUUGAGUCUUCUGGCAACGUUAAUAUAUUUCGAACAAUUUAUACUUUACGUCAACAAAGACAAGGGAUAAUUCAAACCGAGGCUGAUUAUGCUUUAAUAUACGCAUGUGCUUUGGAACUAACAAAAAGGCUUCAAAGAACCGGUGAAGUUAUAGAAGACAGGAACACACUUUCAGUAAGAAAUGAACAAAACGUUACUGACACACAAAGUACUUUUCUCUCAUCAAACUCUCUAAAAAACUUUAUCGGACAUACAAAUUCAGGUUUCAAUAAUGAAGAAGUUGUUUGUUCUAGCUAAGUUAGUUACCCUAACGAAGUUUUUUCUUAUCACUGCUUGAUCUAAAGAAGUUGAUUGAUCUGUUGAAGUCGCCAAUACUGACGAGAUUGUUUUUUUUUGUAAUAACAUUAAAAGUUAUCGAAAAUAACGAUUGAAUAUUAACUAGGGUUACCAGAUGUCCGGGUUUUAUGAAGGAGAAGAAGAGUUCAAUUCUUAUAGGUUCGGUAUUUUCCUCCGUAGAACCCGGAUAUCUGGCGACCCUAACAUUAACGGAGUAAAAGUUUUUUAAGAAUGUAGAAUUUAAUUAUUUCAUUCAACAAAAUUAUCAGCAGUAAA